AUGAAUUUAGUUGAAACAAAAUUGUUAGUGGCAUUUUUACUUGGUAUCUUAAGGUUUUUGUUUGGUAUUUUACCAAUCAAGGUGUAUUAUUUGCUAUUAAAUUGGGGUGAAGAAGGUACCACAGAGACAAUUCAUGCUGAACGUCAUAGAGCCGUUGAAUGUAUUAUAGCGAGAAUCCAAAGUUUUGGCGGUGGUGUACUUUUUGCAACAUGUUUCUUACACAUGAUACCAGAAGUUCGAAAAUCAGUUAAUUAUCUUUUAGAAUAUGAUGAGCCAAACGAUGAACACAGUGAAUUUCCAUUUUCCGAAUUAAUAAUUUGUAUUGGGUUUUUUAUGGUCUAUUUUAUCGAAGAAUUCACACAUUGGUGUGUUCAUAAUGUUCGAGAGAAUAAAACAGCUCCGUCAUGCCAUGAGCCUCCAAUUAAAUAUUUAAAUGCCGAAGAAAAUAAUAAAGUUGAAGAGAUAAACAAUCAUAUAAAUUCAGCAUCCAAAAAUUCAAUCCGCUCAAUAAAAAGUUCUACGUACAGUGAUUCAUCGGAUAGUAAUUCAGAUGAUGUUAUAUUGAAAUCAGCUCGAAGUGUUCAAUCGAAAUCACAUUAUACAGUUACAAUCGAAGAGAAAGCAUUGAAAACGGCGGAUAAAGAAAAUCAAAAAAAUAUUCGAGGAUGCUUAGUUGUAAUUGCAUUAUCGGUGCAUUCAAUAUUCGAAGGUUUAUCAAUUGGCUUACAAAAAUCAACCGGGAAUAUUUGGUUUAUGUUUACUGCAAUUUCAAUACAUGCCUCGACCAUUUUAUAUUGCAUCGGAUUUGAAAUGGCUGUUGAAGGUAUUAAAAUGGUAACGAUUAUUAUAAACAUGAUUAUAUUAGCAGUUGUGAGUCCAUUGGGUAUUGUUGUUGGAUUAUUAUUUACGCUCCGUUCAAAUAUGGAUACACGUUCAAAAACAAUAGCGGUGUGUUUAUUAGAAGGGGUUUCUGCUGGAACAGUGUUAUAUAUUACGUUUUUUGAAGUGUUAAAUCGUGAAAAGAAUCGAAGACAACAUCGUAUUUCACGAUGUAUUUGCAUAUUAGCUGGAUUUGGUGUAAUGAUUUUACUACAAACGAUAGAUAUUUAG